CCCUGAGAGCAGGGGACAGGGCAGCUCCAAGCAGGGCUCUGGCUGUCCCAAACCCCGAUGGCCUUUGUCAUCAGCACAGGCAGUCACAGGGUCUGGGUGCUGUGUCAGGCUCCCACCAUGCCAUGCCGUCCACCCGUCCUGCAUCCUCUGGCCAUCUGUGGCCUCAGCACCCUGUGUCCUGCAGCAGUUUCCAAACCCUGCCCAUCUGUGACCCCCAGCUGUGCCCUGCAUGGCCAUUCUGGCACUUCCUGUCGCCAAAACAGAACAGCACCUCUGGCCACAGCCACUCUGGGACCUGAGCUGCUCACCAUCGUCAUUGUCUUCAGUCCCUCAUGUGGGCCAGCAUGGUCCCAUAGCAGAGACAUGGGGCACCCUGCCGGCACUGCAGUCCUCGGUGCUGGCCCCAGCCAUGGGACUGCCCCAGUUGCUCUCCACAUGUCAUGUCUCCAUCUCUGCAUCCAUUGCAACUGCCUGGACAGAGCCACCACCCCUGGGCGCUCAGCCCCAUGCCCCCUGGGACCACAGCACCCUGAAGUGCCAUCUCCUGAUGGUGGCCAUAUCCUGCUACCUCAAAAGGUUCCAAACCCCAUCCGGGGGCUGGUCAGGGAGCCCUACACCUGCCUUAGGGGCAUGGAGCUGGAGAUGGGAGGUCCAGACCCACGUGGGGGCUGCACAGCACCAAGGGGGACCCCAUGGAGAGGCUUCACCCACUGCGGCGGCAGCGCCUGUUUGCAGAGGCAUGGCUUGAUAGGCAGUGUGUUCUUCAGAAGAUCCCUACUCCAGGAGUCAAAAUAGCAUGAAAUUCAAUUUUACGCCUGUUUGACAAAGCUUGAUUUCACCUCCAAUCAGCACGGAGAUAAGAGCCCUCGGCACAAGUGCACGGGCAGUUUGGCAGCUGGGGCUGCCGAUUUAAUAGGUGAAUUUACAGGAACAACACUUGAAAAUCCCCUGGCUAGUGAACCAUUAAGCUACCAAAUAUUUGCCAGCCGUCAGCUCCCUGCUCCGCUAUAAAUACUUCAGGCCCAGGUGGAGGGACGGGAAGGGAGAGCAGCGCGGGAGCCUAUGCAUGGCCAGGCAGCAGUGCCAAGGGUGAGCGCGGGCCCCGGAGUGCCCCUGCGUGCUCACAUGGCUGCGGGCGUCAUCCGGCCAUUGCCCGAGCUGCGGCUGCCCUCGCCCUUCCCGCACGGCCUGCUGCUGCCCAUGCGCCCUGAGCCCGACUUCCACAACCUCUCCGAGGAAGAGGAGGAAGAUGAGGAUGAGGAUGAAGAGGAGGCAGCAGAGGAGAGCACAAGGCUGGAGCCGGACCUCCCCAGCGCUGCCGAGCCCACGCUGCAGCUCCUCCGGUUCUCGGAGCUCAUCAGCUGUGACAUCCAGCGGUACUUCGGGCGGCGGGGCCAGGACGAGCCCGCCGGCAGCCACGGUGUGCCCGAGGACUGCAGCUCACCCCGGCACACGGAGCCCGAGGCACCACGGGGCAGCCCCGGAGCCAUGCACAGGCUGGGGCCGCUGGCAGAGCUCUUCGAGUACGGCGUGCACCGGUGCCUGCCGCCCCGGGCGGCCAGUGGCAAGACGCAGCGGCUGGAGAGGAAGUACGGCCACAUCACCCCCAUGCACCGCAGGAAGCUACCGCCCUCCUUCUGGCGGGAGCCGGGCCCCAGCCCUGCCGGUCUCCUCCACACCGGCACCCCCGACUUCAGUGACCUUCUGGCCAACUGGACGGUGGAGCCGGGGCCGGAGCUGGGCCUUGGGCGGGAGCUGCAGCCGGAGUCGGGCCGCCCGGGGCUGGAGGCCGAGCCCUUUGCCGGUCUGUGACCCCACCAUGGCCCCCAGCCCCGCCACGUGCGGCCGGUUAAUGAUAAACCUGGCAACAGUGGUGCCAGCGCCGGGCACCUGGAGCUGCCGGGGCAGAGACGGCCAUGGGACAAGUGAAUAAAUGACUCCUGCCAGGCA